AUGUGGGGCCCCGCGUUUCCCGCUAUUCUUGGAGGAGCCAUAAUUUACGUAGCUAAACGUCUCGCGCUUCCGAGAAAGGCGCCGAGCCUUGAAUGGGAGGGCGCUAGGAGGAAAGCACGGCAGCCGCAUAAGAGGGCUCCCUCGUUCUACGCGUCACAUGGGGUGACCUCGGCUGAGGAGUACAUAAUCAACACGCGGGGGGUGGUUCUCUUCACCAAGGAAUGGCUCCCCAGUGACGGGCGGUUCAGGGGAGUGGUGGUGGGCUGCCAUGGCUAUGGGGAGACCUGCACCUACAUAUUUGAAGACGUGGCGGUGAAGCUUGCAGGCGCAGGCUAUGCCCUGGUUGGCGUGGACUAUGAGGGCCAUGGGCUGUCAGGUGGCCGCCACGGGUACAUCCACAGCUUCUCGUGCCUUGUGGAUGACGUCGUUGAAGUUGCCCGCCGCGCUAAAGCAAAACCUAGGUUCGCCCAUCUGCCCUUCUUUGUCUAUGGCGAGUCCAUGGGAGGUGCUGUGGCCAUUCAAUUCAUCCGUCUCUCCUCUCUAUCCCUCUUGGUCUCGCCUAAGGUGUCCCUUCCUCAUAUCUCUCUUUCCACCCCUUACCCUUCUUCCGUUCUUACCCAUUGCUCCCCCCUCUUCCCCCGCCCACCACCCCACUCACCCUCCCAGAUGUCCAAGGAGCUCACCCUCCCUGGAAUAAUGAUCUUCAUUUUCACCUGUCUCGCACGCAUCUUACCUACCUGGAAGCUCCUGCCAAUCAGUGCCAACCCCGGCAAUUCCUUUCAGGUGAAAACCGGACUUGUAUUAUUUCAGGUGAAACUGCUAAGGUGUUCCGAUUAG